AUGGCCGAAGAAUCCCAAAUUCAACCCUCCCACUCUCAAGAAGAGCACUUCGACGUUCUCACCGAAGCCGGUGUCAAAACUGGAAUAACCAAACCCAGAGGACAAGUUCAUCGCGAUGGAGACUACCAUCGCGCCGUUCACGUUUGGAUUUUCGCCGAGACCACGCAGCAGUUACUUCUCCAACGCCGCGCUUCUUGCAAAGAUUCGUGGCCUGAUCUUUGGGACAUUUCCAGCGCCGGUCACAUCUCUGCCGGUGAUUCCUCUCUCGUCACUGCUAGGAGGGAGCUGGAAGAAGAGUUAGGUGUAACCCUUCCCAAGGAUGCAUUUGAAUUGAUAUUUGUUUUCCUACAAGAGUGUGUCACAAAUGAUGGAACAUUCUUCAAUAACGAAUAUAAUGAUGUGUUUCUGGUAACUACUAUAAAUCCAAUACCUUUGGAAGCUCUUACACUUCAGGAAACUGAAGUUUCUGCUGUUAAAUAUAUCAAUUAUGACGAGUAUAAAAUGUUGCUGGCCAAAGAGGAUUCAGACUAUGUCCCUUAUGAUGUUCAUGGACAAUAUGGUCAACUAUUUGAUUUAAUUGAGAAGAGGUAUGCUAAUGUUUAA